UCAUUACCAUCAUAGUCCGAAUACUAAGAAUAACUAACCAAUAAUUUUGUUUCUCUCGCGCGCUGAGAAAUGACUAUACAGAUUCAGGGGCCUUGAGGAGCGUGCCACUUUAGAUUAUUUUUUUUGUAUGUGAAGUUGAGAUCUAUGUAAACAAUGCGAUAAUAGGAAUGUGUCUUUCUUGUUGCUUUCAAAUAUUCUUCAUUAUUCUGUGAUUUUUAGUUGUUAGAAAUAUAAUAAAACAACAACAACAACCAAAAAAAAAACAUUAAAAUUUAUUGCUUAAGUGAUAUUUCAUGCGCAAUGAGCUUAUUACGUAAUAAAGGUCCACACGGGGGGACCUACCUCACGUCAGGACAGUGGAAGCAUAGGCGGACUCGAACUCGCACGGCCAGGGAACUGACCUCAGUGGUCACCAAAGGUCACGUUGACCAAUCCGAGCUACUGCUGACCGUGUGCUCAGGCCUGGAGAGGCUACUGGCUAUCAUCAGGUAUUGGAUACGUCAGCUGUCUCGGAGCAGGGCGACCUCACUGGAUGACCAGGCCCAGGUCAGGAGCGACUUCACGGCUAAACCGUUACCGGACCUUUUAAAAGAUUUGCCCAUUGUUGAGACAGCGCCACCUUGUGGUCAGCCUGAUCUACUAAAGGUACACAAUUCCGUAGACUUACUACCACUCGAGUCACGCCUCAGUAGACCCGCCGGAGGUCAGCUCAUUCACACAUUCCAGGCUCAAGCCACGUCCGCAGUCAACUUCACCCGUGGUGUCCCCCCAAGCAUGGGCGGGACAGGUGAGGCCCAGGAGAGAGGCCGUAGGAUGACCGCGCGGAGUGAGCACCUAAGGGGAAAUGAGGUAGAUGCCAUGGCACAAGACGCCCACAGCAACCACAACGUCAUGGAACUGGUGGAGGCCAUCAGGACCAUCGGGGAUAAUCUGGACAUGACAAUCAGAGAUCACAAGGAGGCUGCUGUGAGGGCCAUCUUCAGGAAUGCUCCGAUGGACUUUGGCUAUGACCUAAUUUGGACGUUGGGUCACAAUUACGUGUUACGGGUCAUCGGAUCCUCCCUUGAACUUCUGCUCAUCAUCGGGCGUUUGUGAUUUCUCAGUUAUCUCCCCGAAAUAACGUCGCUCUUUCAAUACAGAAAUCGUAAAAAAAACAAAAAACAAACUUGCAGACGACACUGGGCUUAACUCCCAUCAUGCUUUGCAGCUUUACGAAUGCAAUACUAAUAAAUGAUGCAAUCAAUUGUCACAGUAAAAUACGAGCUAUGGAAAAAUAUGUGACAAAACACACAACUCAAAUAGCAAGAAAAACUAAAAAACAAAGGAAAUCCUUCAAUUCUGAUAGAACAGUUCUGGAAGGUGUCUCUCGCUACGGCUAAGCUCUGGAGGCGUGCCAAGAUGUCUUUCGUGGUCAAUUAAAUGUGUACAUAGUUGUUUUUUUUCUCUAGAAGUGUGUACAUAAUUGUUUUAAUAUUCAUGUAUAAUUUGAUGCCUUUGUACAUAACAGCCACUCUUUCAUGCGUCAUCAAGACCAGUCCUUAUCAUCAUGCCUGCCAUUGUUCUCAAACAUGUUCUUGUUCACCAUUUUGUGAAUGUUUGGGACUCCCUGCGAAUGUUUAUUUAAAGUAUUUUUUUUUAACCAAACAAUUAUUGUACUAAUUUUGGUUCAAGUCAUUUCAUUUGUUUACACACAUUUGCACACAACAAACAUUUUGUUCAGGUGAUCUCAAAUUGUAAGUCAUCAAGAUACCUUCAUAUAUGAUUAUUGUUAUUACUGUUACUUACGGUCACAUUGUUCAAAUUUUUACAUAUUUUAAGAACGAAUCCGAUGUUGAUUGGAUUCGAACUUGGAAAUUGCAGGGAAAUACUUUAAUUGUUUAAUGCAUUGAUUUUAUUUCAAAAUACCCGCUAGGCCAAUUCUUCUGAGAUUUUAUGUACUUUAUCAUUUAGAAGUUUGUUUAUUCUUACUAGUGUUAAAGUUUUUAGAAGCUGCUUGGUAGUGCGAUACGUCAGACUGUCGUUUCGAUGGUGACAGUUUAGUCCACGCCCACUGCUGUCCCCUGUUGUCCUUUGUAAGGUGUGGUUAUGAUGCAAUUACCUUCAUUUCUGAAGGGAUCUUCUUCUUAGUUGUAAUUAUUUGCCCUAAGAGUUCAGUCGAAGACUCUUGGAACUCUAGGCCUAUGGAAGCCUGCCUUAAGAGUUGAGUCUAAGACUCUUGGAACUCCAGGCCCAUGGAAGCCUGUCUUAAGAAUUCAGUCAAAGACUCUUGGAACUCUAGGCCUUUGGAAGCCUGUCUUAAGAGUUGAGUCUAUGACUCUUGAAACUCUAGGCCUAUCCCUAUGAAAGCUUUCCUACACCUGCCUGUCUGAACAAACUUCUGUCUGGGAAAGAACCAAGCAGAUGUACAUUAUAACAUCUCUAGUACAGAUAGCUCGUAUCCCAGGACGCUUGGGUCAGAAGCGAGGCCAAGGUCAACUUUGUGGAAGAUCAUAAGUUAAUAAUAUCUAGGUCGCGAUUGUCAUGUUUCACAACUUAAUGGUAUUUUCUUUUCUUACUUACUUAGACUUAGACUUAGGUCCUCCCGCGCCGUUCGGCGCAUUGGGCGGCAAGCUGUCUCCAUAAUGAUCUGUCACUGGCAAUGUCUGGAGCCUCCUCCCAUCUGGUGUCCACUGUUCUGAGGUCCUCCAUGAAGGUGUGUCGCCAGGUAAUACGAGGACGUCCCUGUUUGCGCUUUCCUCGUUUUGGCUUCCAGGUUAUCGCAACUCUUGGUGUGCGUAAUUCAUUUUGACGUAGAACAUGUCCCGCAAACCUCAUGCGACGCUCAGUCACAACCUCACUAAGUGUUCGACUCCCAGUUCGGCAUAGGGUUUUCUUUUCUUAAAAGCUUAAAUUCUUCAAUGCUGAGUCAAUCAAAUAGUUUUGAUCAAAAUGUUUAAUUUUUUGUUUAAUACCACGAGAUCCUUCAUUUCUGGUAUCGAUGACCUCAUAGGUGACAUACAACCCAAAAAACAAAAAGUUUCCCACGAACUCUCUAACUCUACUGCUAAUCCAUCCUAUCAAAAAAAACACACCUGUUUUGUAGAUUAACAUAGCACAUUUGUAGAUAAUAUACCACUCGUUUGAUCAGUGUUCCAAUUUUUGCUUUCAUUCAAAUGGCAUAUAUUUUUGUUCCAUUUUUUUUCUUCGCUAGACUUGUUUAGUAACAUUUAUACAGAUUGGCAUUCUCUCACUCUGAGGCUUUCAUUCUGGGAAUUCCCUUUCUUUUUUUGGGUACGGAAAUUUCCGGAGCUAAUUAUACUUUUGCUUUGCUUUUUAGUUACAAUUGGGAAUUUAACUGAACUGUAUAUUAUUUUCUUGUAUUGUUCAUAAAAACUUUAGAGAAAAAAAAAACAAAAAUGAAAAAGAAAUUUUCUAAAACGUGCAAUACAGUGAUGAACAAACCUU